AGAAAAAAGCAAGCAAAAGAAAAAAAAAAUCAAUCCGUCAAAUGCAUGUUAUAUGUUUAACAUGAGUUGUGUGCGCGGAUUAAAGUGUUGGAUUUGAUGUCUUUACCUUUCCAAUAACCCGGUGCAUUUUAGAAAUGCAUUAUAAUAUACAUGCAUGUGCUGUGACGGUCUAAUUCACUGUCAUUUAGCUGGUCAGCGCGUGCUCUGGUGUGAUGGUUUCUAUUUUGACCUUGAAUAUGCAGCUCUAAUGCAGCGAAACGAGGAUUAAGGGACGGAAUAUUUGGCAGAAACGCUCUUCAUCUUGUUACGAUCGUCUAUUCUGAUUAAAAUUUGAUCAAAGGUUGAGUUCAUAAAUCCAUCAGGCUCGCUGUAUCUGUCGCAUUCUCGGCCCGAUUUUCAUGGGAAUAUAUUUGGCAUCGUAGAAACCCUCGAGAGCUCAAAACAUGCAGGAUGAUUUACUGAUGGACAAAAGCAAAGCUCAGCCUUACCAGCACCAAGACCCGUCAAAUACAGAGCCUCCAUCCACCCCGACCCCCUCCGAGCCUCCGAUCCUGGACGAGCAGAACCACGUCGGUCACUCCGAGCGGGUCGCCAUGGAGUCUCCGGUAUUACCGGGUCUGGGUUUCCCUCAGGAAUCCUCUCUCUCACCGUCGUUCGGCAGCACCUGGUCCACAAACACGGUGGACGAGGGCUAUUUCCAAGGGAUUCCGUCGGUAAACGGCACGAUGCUUUUUCAGAACUUUCCCCAUCACGUCAACCCGGUGUUCGGGGGUAGUUUUUCUCCGCAGAUGAGACGAUCACCGAUGAGUUUGAACCAGAGGAACCCCUACAGCCACCAGACCCUCAUCAAUAAAGUGUCCGCGUCGUCCGCUUCUUCGUCCGCCUGGAAUAAUCACCAGAACGCGGCGUGGAGCUCCGCGGCGAACCCCUGGAGCGGCAGAGACCCGCGGCAGAGAGCGCUCGGGCUGGGCGUCCCGUCUCCGCUCAACCCCAUCUCCCCGACGAAGAAGCCCUUCCCGAGCAAUGUCAUCGCGCCUCCGAAAUACCAGAGACCCGGGGCCAUGCAGAAACCCUGGAUGAUCUCAGAGCCUCCAGAACCCUUUAGAACCGACAACAGCAACAACAUGCUGCCAUUUCAGGAACGGAAUCGACCCUUUGACCCGUUCAGCUUGCAAACUUUGGAGAAUUCCUUAAUGGACAUGAUUAUGACCGACCAUGACAAAGGUAAACAUCACCCUGCCGCUGGCCCACCAAUGACUAUCGCUGAUAUUUUAUGGAGGAAUCAUUUUGCAGGUCGCAUGGGUCUCAACUUUCACCAUCCUGUAGCUGAACAUAUAUUACCACCGAACACCAGGAGUUAUGGUCGCAGAAGAGGUCGCUCUUCACUGUUUCCUUUCGAGGACGGCUUCUUGGACGAGGGUCACGGGGAUCCAGCGCUGACCCCUGGCCUGAGCUCUCCCAGCCGCUGUCAGAACGGAGAGAGGAUGGAGCGCUACUCCAGGAAGGUGUUUGUCGGUGGACUGCCGCCUGACAUCGAUGAAGAUGAAAUCACCAACAGUUUCCGUCGCUACGGUCACCUGGUGGUGGACUGGCCUCAUAAAGCAGAAAGCAAAUCCUAUUUUCCUCCUAAAGGUUAUGCUUUCCUGCUCUUCCAGGAGGAGAGUUCGGUCCAGGCCCUCAUUGACGCCUGCAUCGAGGAGGAUGGGAAACUCUACCUGUGUGUCUCGAGUCCCACUAUUAAAGAUAAACCAGUCCAGAUUCGCCCGUGGAACCUGAGUGACAGUGAUUUCGUGAUGGACGGCUCUCAGCCUCUUGACCCACGCAAAACCAUCUUUGUGGGAGGCGUUCCACGACCUCUACGUGCAGUGGAGCUGGCUAUGAUCAUGGACCGACUGUAUGGAGGUGUGUGUUACGCUGGCAUUGACACUGACCCAGAACUCAAAUACCCCAAAGGGGCGGGCAGAGUGGCCUUCUCCAAUCAGCAGAGCUACAUCGCUGCCAUCAGCGCCAGAUUCGUCCAGCUGCAGCAUAAUGACAUUGACAAACGGGUGGAGGUGAAACCGUACGUGCUGGACGAUCAGAUGUGUGAUGAAUGUCAGGGCGCUCGCUGCGGAGGAAAAUUCGCCCCUUUUUUCUGUGCCAACGUCACCUGUCUGCAGUAUUACUGCGAGUACUGCUGGGCGAGCAUCCACUCGCGCGCCGGCCGUGAGUUCCACAAACCGCUGGUGAAGGAAGGUGGAGACCGACCUCGACACGUGUCCUUCCGCUGGAGCUGAUGACGAGCGGCACAUCACCCUCUCCACCCAACAAACACCUUCAACACCAUUACCAGUAACCACUCACGGAUCACCCCUUUUACAAAACAAAUAUCAUGAUAUCUCUGUCAAGUAUACUCUCUGCUUACGAACAUUUAGGAAAAUAUGAAUUGUGAGUCUGCGCGCUCAAACGUUGCACUUUGGCACAAACAGUCGAUGUUAACGCUUAUCAGGAUGUUGUGCUUUAAUUCUCUCGUUUUCCUGCGUUUGAUCGGUUUAGUCCUCCAUAUAGGUAACAUUAGGCAGUGUGAGACAAUAUAUACAGUAUAUAAUAUAUACAUUUACAAAAAGGAUAUAUUUUUAUUUUAUAUGUAUCUAUAUACACAUAGAUAAUACAUUUUGGGUGUCAGACUUUUUAAAGGAGCAUGCACUUAUUGUGAUAAAAGAGUGAUAGGAAAUUCUCCUUUAGAUGAUAAAAAAAAAAAAAAAAAGAAUUACCAAAGGUAAAAUUGAAUUCAUUAAGCAAAUCAUGUCAGGUGAGCUGUUAAAAAACACCCAAGGUAUUCAAGUAAACAACCAUUUGCUCUCCAUGUUGAAAUGAAUAGUAAUACCUCAUGCAUGCAUCUCUUUUCGUUCGCUCCGACUUUUUAGGCUUACAUUUUUUUACGAGUUUUUUGGUAUUAUCAACAUGUAAUGCUGCAAUAGCUUUGCUGCUAAAUCUCUGGUAUGAACCCAUACCAUCAUACUUUAUUCAGGCGAACGAGCGCUCCGAGGGGUCUGCACCGAAACUGCAUGUAAACGAAUCUGCGAUGCAUGCUGUAGAAUCGGGCAUCACUUUCAUUUCCCCACAAGAUCGGCCAGGUGACCGUGCUGCGGAGCUCUUCAGGACACGUGGUGAUGGGGAAACAUAUAAGAUGGGAGGGAAAAUUACGUCUCGAUGCAUUUGCGUCCGCUUGCAAAAAUUUUGUUCCCUCAGAAAAGUAUUGCGUUUCCCUCAAUAAACUUUGCAUUCUCUCACAAAAGUAUUACGUUCACAUUUGCGUUUGCUUGAAAAACAUUUUCGGUCGCUCAUAAAACAAUUGCGUUUGAUUGAAAAAUAUUUUUGUUCGCUCACGAAAGAUU